UAAAAAAUGUAGAAUUGGUUUUUAAGUAUAAACUAGAUUUAAUUAGCAAAGUGCACUGUUUUUCCAUAGUGUAAAGCCAAUUUUGCUACUACUUUCCGUUUUUUUCUUUAUUUUUAUUGCUUUAAAGACAGAACAGAAGCUUAUAAAAGCACCCUCUAUUGGCUUCACACUUUCAUUGAAACCACUUGCUUCAUUGAAUUUUAUUACUUCACAAAAUGGAACAUCUUUGUAAAACUAAAAAACCCUUUUCUAGUACCUCUUUUCUUAUAUAAGAAUUACCAAUUUUUUUUUUUUGUUUUGCUUAGAACAAAGUACAAACAUAAAUUAAGACCAAACAAUUAAGGUUUAGCUCCAUGUCUGACUCAGACAUAACUUUCUAUUUUCUUUCAUCAAUUCUUUCUCUUCUUUUCAUCUUCAUUUUCAUUCUCAUCAAAAGAAAACAUGCCAAACCCAAGCUUAAUCUUCCACCAGGAAAAAUGGGUUUGCCUUUUAUUGGAGAAACAUUUGGUUACUUGAAACCUUAUUCUGCCACAACAAUAGGUGAAUUCAUGGAACAACACAUAGCAAGGUAUGGUAAAAUUUACAAGUCAAAAUUGUUUGGGGAACCAGCAAUAGUUUCAGCAGAUGCAGGAUUGAAUAGGUUCAUAUUACAAAAUGAAGGAAAAUUAUUUGAGUGUAGUUAUCCUAGAAGCAUUGGUGGAAUACUUGGAAAAUGGUCUAUGUUAGUUUUGGUUGGUGACAUGCAUAGAGACAUGCGUGUUAUAUCACUCAAUUUUUUGAGUCAUGCUAGACUUAGAACACAUCUAUUGAAAGAGGUUGAGAAACAUACACUUCUUGUUUUAAGUUCUUGGAAGGAAAAAUCCACAUUUGCAGCUCAAGAUGAAGCUAAAAAGUUCACAUUUAAUUUGAUGGCAGAACAUAUUAUGAGUUUGCAACCUGGGAAAAUAGAGACAGAGAAAUUAAAAAAAGAGUAUGUUACUUUCAUGAAAGGAGUUGUAUCACCACCAUUGAAUUUUCCUGGAACUGCAUACUGGAAAGCAUUAAAGUCUAGGUGCACAAUAUUGAAGUUCAUAGAGGGGAAAAUGGAAGAAAGGAUGAAAAGAAUGAAAGAAGGAAAUGAAAAUUUGGAGGAAGAUGAUCUUUUGAAUUGGGUUUUGAAACAUUCAAAUCUUUCAACAGAGCAAAUUCUUGACUUGAUUCUUAGUUUACUCUUUGCUGGUCAUGAAACUUCUUCUGUUUCUAUAGCUCUUGCUAUUUACUUUCUUCCUGAUUGUCCUCAAGCUAUACAACAAUUAAGGGAAGAACACAGAGAAAUUGCCAGAGCUAAAAAGCAAGCAGGGGAAACAGAAUUGACUUGGGAAGACUACAAAAAAAUGGAAUUUACUCACUGUGUUGUGAACGAGACACUAAGGCUAGGAAAUGUUGUGAGGUUCCUUCAUAGGAAGGCUCUUAAAGAUGUUCGGUACAAAGGUUAUGAUAUUCCAUGUGGGUGGAAAGUCCUUCCGGUCAUUGCAGCCGUGCAUUUGGAUCCAUUACUUUUUGACCAACCUCAACACUUUAAUCCAUGGAGAUGGCAGAACAAUGGUAAUCAUGGAAAUUGUCCAAACUCAAGCACAUCUUGCAAUAAUAAUUUCUUACCAUUUGGGGGAGGACCACGACUAUGCGCAGGAUCAGAAUUAGCUAAGCUUGAAAUGGCUGUUUUCAUCCACCAUCUCAUCCUUAAUUACAAUUGGGAAUUGCUUGAUAAUAAAGAUCAAGCUUUUGCCUACCCUUUUGUCGAUUUUCCUAAAGGCCUACAAAUUAGAGUCCAAGCCCAUUCUUUAAUAUGAAUUAAGUCCAAUUAGUUAGAUCACCCACUCUAUAAAGGAGAAAAUUACCACAUGACAAUGCUACCUACUAUAUAGCCUUCGGUUGUAUAUUUGGAAGAAUUUGGAUAUCAUGCUAUACGCAAUUACAGAUCUAGGUUAUCUGAUCUCAAAUUAACGUUUGUAAUGCCAUGCUACCUAUUGAUUGUGUAAUAUGAGUCGUUCAAUCUCCGAUUAAUAGGCGGGAUUUAAAAUUUGGUGUGACCAUUACAUCAGGCAAUCUAAGUUCGAUUUGGAGAUCAUUUCAAGGCAUCACAUUUGAACCAAUCAAGUUAUUUUUUGCUCUAGAAGUUCACACACGUGUGAAGGGAGGGAGAAGGAAAAAAUCCAAUUGAAGUACAAUGGCAUGUCAAUAUGACCACUUCAUUUAUCUGUUUCUUUCUACCUCUAGGCUGUAUUAGGUUUUUAAUGGUAGCUAGUCCACCUACAUUGUACAUUUUUAUAUAUUCCAAAAGACUAGGACGAGUGAAUAUUUAUUCAUUUGUAUUAUUGUUAUUAUUUCAGUACUGUAAUCUACUAUUCUUACUAUAUAUAAAGAUUCAAUUAUCUUUUGUGUA